AUGGCGUCGACAAGCAGCUCCAGCAGCCCGCCAUCGUUUGACCUCGACGCCCUGAUCCAGGUUGCUCGUGGUGACCGAGAGAACCCUAGGCAAUGUACCAAAGCCGGCGCCGACUGUGUAUUCUUCGACCACGGGCGCAAUGAACUACUCCCACGAAGUUACAUUGCAGAGCUGGUCGAGCACAUACGUCGGAUUGGGAGCUCGACGCACAGCAAUCCUUCUCCGGCUGCGCCGGGCGAGUCCAUGCACGAUAGGAGUCUGGUUGUGCCGCUCAGCCUGGAAGCUAUGGCGUCCGAGGUCGUCCUGCAUCACGACCACCACUUUGCGUAUGCGGGGGACAGCUACCGGUAUCUGGGCGCGCAAUCCUGCCUACUAAAAUCGCCGCGACUGCAUGCCAUUGACAUUCCGUCUCCCAAGGUAGAGAUGGACGAUGAAUGGAACUUAUCCUGGAAAGAGUCACCAGCAAAGCAGUACGAGCUGAUGGAGCUCUACCUCGAGGUCAUGCAGCCCGUGUAUCCCAUUCUGGACCUAUCACUGCGCUACCUAGCCCGCGACGUCCCUUAUGAUGUUACCGCGACGGAAAAGUUUUCCCUCAACUUGAUCUACUCCAUCGCUUGCUAUGUGCUGCCGAGUACGGGGAAACGCCCAAAUACUCAGGAUGUGUGGAAUCCUACAGGGAGGCUCUCGUAUCAUCAAGGCAACUCGCUCAAAUAUCGCAUCCUAGCUAACCAGUUCUUUGCACGUGCUAUGGAGUGUCUGGAGGAGGCGACGGUCGAGCCGACCAUCGCCACACUCAGGGCGGUUCUCUUACUUGCUAUAAACAGCCUGUUCGAUCCAAAGACAGGAAACACAGGCCAGCAGAUAGCCCUUGCAGCGCGUUUGGCAUUCGACUUGGAGGCGAAAGCAGAGCUGCAGGAGCUGGAACCAGCCGAUGUCGCCAUGCUUAAAAACAUGCACAUGACAAUCUUCAGUCUGGAGAAUGAAGUUGCAUCCACGCUAGACAGACCUGCCAUGUUCCCUGAGCCCAAAUCCGAGCUAUGUUUCGACAAGCACAAACCCGCCGAGUAUCUCUGCUCGCUCUUCCGACUGCAACACCGAUUCCGCAAAAGCGACGACGCGACCAAACACGACAUCAAGAAACUCCUACCACUUCUGGACGAAAAAGCCGAACUCCUUCCGACUGUACGUAUUGCGCUGCACAUGACACACCUCCUCCUGAACCCCGUAUGGGGCAGCGCAUGGCACGUUUUGGAGGCAGUAGUCAGCCUAGGCGGUAUCCACGUCUACCUGACGCCACACUGGGUGUAUCGAGCCGGGACAGUAUUGAUCCAGAACAUUCCUGCCAUCUUCGGGGGCAAUCUGAUUCAACUGUACUCCAACGCGCUUCUCGUGCUCGAGCUAUCUUCCUGGAAAUGGCCCAGCUCCGCCGCGCUGUCAGCAUCUCUCGUCAAUCUCAUGCAACACAUGAAAACAAAGUACAGGCCAGACUGGUCCGACAAGCUUCAGCAGGGAGACGUGAGGAUAUGA